AUCCGAUUAUCAAAUCGAAAGUUAUUCAGCUGUUACGAUUUUUUAUUUAUUUCAUCAUGCACCUAACAAGUUCACUAUAAAACAACUUUUCCUCAUUAGCUUUAUUUCUAUCCGAAAAUCUUAGAUCCCUUAUUAUUUUCUUUACUGCAAAAUCAUCUCUUGGCAGGUUUUUAAUUCUAUAUUUCUCUCUGUAUUUCUAGAUUUUUAUCCAGUUUCUUCAAUUUCAGUUCGUUUUUUUCUUUUAGCAGUCAAUAAAAUUGCGUGCCUCUAUCUGAAUAAAAAUUUUUUUUACAUUAACUGCUUUAUUUAAAUUGGUAUUAAAAUAUAAAAAUGUUUCAUAAGAUUUGGAUCGCCUUAAUAUUGUUUUCAGGAGUUACAGAAGUCGUUCAAAAUACAACUUUGAGCAGUUUCUUGGAAUCAUACAAAAAUUUAAAUGUCUCAUUAAAUUGGCAUGAUCUUAAGGUGAUGUACCAAAAUGAGUUUGAUUCGACUUUCUCACAGUCCGCGUUAUUGGAAUUAAAUGAAAUGUUAGAUAAUGUGAAUGUGUCAUCGAACUGCUCUGACUCAUUAACUCAACUUUACUUUGACCUGAGAGCAGCAAAAAGUUGGGCUGUACUUAUGGCUGAUGCAAGUGGCAAAUUUCCAAGUGGGUUUUUGACAUGGACAUUUAUGGACUUAGGCUCGUUCGACGAAUGCCUUAAUAUACGAUUCAAUGAUUCAUCCAUGUCAUUCAGUGGUCAGUAUUGUAUGGUUGGAUAUUCAUCUCCGUUACUGAGCUCUUUUUCUGCUAACAGUUCAUCUGAAAAAAAGUAUAUCGAUUCUUAUGGCGAUCCUCCAGAAUGGAGNUAUUAUUCAGUGGCUGAUGCAAGUGGCAAAUUUCCAAGUGGGUUUUUGACAUGGACAUUUAUGGACUUAGGCUCGUUCGACGAAUGCCUUAAUAUACGAUUCAAUGAUUCAUCCAUGUCAUUCAGUGGUCAGUAUUGUAUGGUUGGAUAUUCAUCUCCGUUACUGAGCUCUUUUUCUGCUAACAGUUCAUCUGAAAAAAAGUAUAUCGAUUCUUAUGGCGAUCCUCCAGAAUGGAUAGCCAAGGAUGUUAUUAUGAACGCUGGAAUUUCUAUAAAACACGCUGCUCUUUGGCUUGGAACAUGCAUUCCAUCUACUUGUUCCCAGCAAGAUCUGAUGAAGCUUUUGGUGCAACUUACAAAGCCAUUAGGGAUAAAAGUAUCUAUUGCUGAUUGCCAAAUUCAACAAACAAAACCAUGGCCUACCUCUGCAUCUGUAGCUGUUUGUUUUUUUAUAGUUGUUGCUUGUUUGUGUAUUCUGGGAACAGUAGCUGAUAAUAUUACGAUUCAUCAAAAUUUAGAAAGUUAUGUGGCGGUCAGAUUUUUGAAAGCUUUUUCAAUCUAUAGAAAUACUGAGGAAUUGCUAGGUCAUGCUCCUGAUGCCAGAACUUUGGGAUGUUUUCACGGAAUCAGAUUUCUAUCUGCCACUUGGAUAAUUCUGGGUCAUACUUAUUUUAUUGCUGAUAAGUGGCAGUAUUUAGAGCAUCGAAACUUAAAGAGAUUUACAGAAAUAUUUAAUCAUAAUUUACCGGUAGCUGUCAUUGAAAACUUCACCAUACCUGUGGGAUCCUUCUUUUUUAUGAGUGGUUUUUUACUUGUUUAUACUAUAUGGAGAAAAUUGGAAAAGAAUGAUGGGAAUUUGAAUUUGAUUAUGUUUCUUGUACGUAAAUAUUUGAGAUUGACUCCAGCUCUUGGACUGAUAAUAUUGAUGGUCUUUGCUUUGCCCCUUAUAGACGCUGGACCUCUAUGGUAUUCCAUUUUAAAUACAGAAGUUCACGCAUGCGAAACAUUUUGGUGGACAAAUAUUUUGUACGUAAACAACUUGUGGGAAUCUAAGAGUACAUGUGUAUUCCAUACUUGGUACUUGGCAGCAUUAAUGCAGUUUCAUCUCAUAGGAGUCGUCGUUUUACUGAUUUGUUAUAGGUGGAAAGUUAUGGGAACAUUUGUAGGACUUAUCAUACCUGUUGGCAGUUGCAUAUUGACUUCUUUUAUUGCUGCCUGGCACAAUUUCCCUAUGCCUGCACUAGGAUACGUGAAAGAUAUGGAAUUUGCUGAUGAUUAUCUCAAAAAAUUGUAUAUAAAACCAUUCAACCACAUCGCAACUUACUUCAUCGGAAUGCUCACAGCUCAUCUUGUUUUAAAAUACAAGGACAAGAAAUUGGAAACUCACUAUCAAAUACUUGGAUGGAUUUUAGCAGUUGUUCGUUCAUUGUCUUCUAUUUAUGGACUGUAUGGGCCAUCAGAAUCCCUUUUUGUCCGAUCAUUUUACAUAGGAUUUCACCGUGUUGGCUGGGCGUCUGCCGUUGGCUGGGUAGCUUACUCGUGCAUAGCUGGAAAUGGAGGCAUAAUAAACAGAUUCUUAUCAUGGAAAGCAUUCAUUCCUUUGGGUCAUUUGAGUUUCUUAGCAUAUCUGAUUCAUCCACUAGUUAUGAUUUACAGAAAUGCCUCACUGAGGGAACGGGUGUAUUAUGGACAAACGGAAUUAGUUUUCAAGUAUUUGGUAUACACACUAGUUAGUUUCUUUUUGGCCUUCAUUGGAUAUAUCACUGUAGAAAAGCCAUUCGCCACCCUUGAAAGAUUGAUGUCUAAGACAGAUUCAUCAGAAACAACAAAAAAUGCUUACAAAUAUAAGUUAUUACGUUAAAAAUACUCUAUAUUUUGUUUCAUCAAUACAUUAAAUUAAUUCUUAGACAAUCGUUUACUGGAACUAUAGUUAGGAGCAUUUUGGUAAAUUCGUAACCAAACUACAAUUUCUUCAGUAUUUCUUAACCUCAUAUGUGACAAUAUUGUUUCUUGUGAAAUAGAUGAUAUUAAUUAUAUCAUUUGGAUUUUAUUUAAA